ACUUCCACUCCGCUCCCCGGAGGACCCACGGCGGCUCUGCAGCCAUCACAAACACUCGGCUCCUCCCGGACUCUGGGAGCCUCAGGGCGGUUUCUGUGCGCGACGAUGUUGAUUGUGAUGAUCAGAGGGCAGGCGGAGCCCCGGGCCUCUGGCUCGGGGUUGAAGCAGGAGCUGUAAUCGCGGAGGUCUGCUCUCAUUGUGUGCUGAGUGGCGCAGGAGAAGAGGAUGUCUCCGCAGCCGCAGGAACCCCUCCCAUUCCUGCCACAACACUUGAUUAUUAGCCGACACCGAGGGGCUGUUGUCCCCCUUCUGACCGAGGGCUUGUUCAUCGGAGGAGCGCUGGUUUUUGAGGGACUUUAUCCACCAUGCUGCCCGCUCAGGAAUCAUGAAAACUCUCAAUGAAAACAACGAGGAGGAGAAGGAGAAGGAGGGAUCUAGGUGCAACGCCAUGGAGGAAACGGAGAACAAUCUGAAAACGGCCAGGUUGUGGAGGGAUGCCGCCCUCCGCUCCAGGAAGCUGCGGAGCAACCUCCGCCAGCUGACCCUCUGCUCCAAAAACAACCAGAUCAUCCUGCCCGACGAUAUAUCCGACAUAGAGGUGCUCAAUCUGGGAAACAACUCCCUCCAGGAGCUGCCGGACGGACUGCAGUCCACCCUCAACAACCUGCGCAUCCUCAUCCUCCGCAGGAACAGGUUCUCCGCUGUGCCCAGGGUGGUGCUUGAGCUGGGGCAGUUGGUAGAGCUUGACAUGAGUCACAACUGUGUGAGAAGCCUGCCUGAUGGUGUGGGGCAGCUGAGAGGACUGAAGAAGCUCUGCAUCAGUCACAACAAACUCCAGAACCUUCCAGCUCAGAUUGGAGCGCUUCAGACUCUGGAGGAACUUGACAUCAGUUUUAACGACCUGCACGACUUCCCCAGGUCCUUCACUAGCCUUUGCAAGCUGCGAACUCUGGAUGCAGAUCACAACAAGCUGAACCAGUUCCCUGCUGAGAUCUUGGCCCUGGGGGAGCUGGAAGAGCUUGACCUCUCUGGGAACAAGUUUCAGGCUUUGCCAGCUGACAUUUUGAGGCUGAAGUCCACCAAGAUCCUGUGGCUCAGCAGUCUGCACAUGUCCUCCUUACAUGACACUUUCUGUCACCUGCACAACUUGGAGAGCCUGAUGCUGGAUGGAAACAACCUCAUAGUGCUGCCUUCAUCCUUUGCUCAGCUGCAAAGCCUGAAAAUGAUAAAUUUGUCCUCCAACGAGUUUAACGAAUUUCCACAGGCUGUUUUAAGCAUUACGGGAUUAGAGGAACUGUACCUGAGCAGGAAUAAACUGACUAAUAUUCCAGAGGGAAUUGCUCAGCUGGUGAAGCUGGUAAAUCUCUGGCUGGACAACAACAACAUCACUCAUCUACCUGAUUCCAUUGUGGAGCUGGAGAAGUUGGAGGAACUUGUUUUACAGGGUAACCAAAUAGCCAUUCUUCCAGAUCAUUUUGGCAAACUGUCCAGGGUUAACAUUUGGAAGGUGAAAGAUAACCCUCUCAUCCAGCCUCCAUAUGAGGUGUGCAUGAAGGGAAUCCCAUACAUUGCUGUCUACCAGAAGGAACUUGCACAGUCUCAGCUUGCUGUGAAGCCAUGGCUCAAACUGGUUCUGAUGGGGACAAAAAAUGCUGGUAAGACCAAGCUGAGACAGAGCUUGGUACCAACUGAGGAGGACAUCAGAGGAACCCAGGGAAAUAAAGGAAUAGAAGUCACUAAUUGGGUGGCAGACUCUGAUCACCAUCUAAUGUUCUUAGUGUACGACUUGUCAGGGAACCUAAACUAUGACCUCAUCAAACCCUUUUUUCUCUCCCCUGGUGCUCUCUAUGUUCUCGUUGUCAAUCUUAGAGCUUACUCGCCCAAGAACUUUUAUGCCCACAUCGGGUAUUUCCUUCACCUGCUGUGCGCUAAAGUCCCCCAUGCUGUUGUGUGCUUGGUGGGGACACAUGCAGACCUGUGUGGAGAGAUGGAGUUGGAGGAGAAAACUCUGGACAUACACAGACAGAUCGGCCUCCAGGAGAGGAGCGACAUUCAAUGUCUAAGUAGCCUGGUCCAGCAGGUAGACCUCGCUCUGGAGCAAGGCUACAAGGUCCGCACCUCCAGCCCACACGUUCUCUUCUAUGGUGUCAGCGACAAGAACCUGAGGCGCAAGAAAGCCCAGUUGCAGUACAUGCUAAACCAGCGAUUGCAGAUCCUGUCCCCGGUCCUGAGCAUUAGCUGCACAAAGACCCAGAAGAACAUCCAGAGGCUGAGGGAGAAGCUCAUGUCUGUUGCAGACCACAGGGAGAUUUUCCCCAACCUUCACCGUGUGCUGCCAAAGUCCUGGCAGAUGUUGGAGGAGUUGCACUUUAAAUCCAAAGAUCUGUGGCUGUCAUGGUGGAGCUCAGCCCGUCUGGGCCUACAGGCGGGACUCACAGAGGACCGACUGCAGAGCGCCUUGUCCUACCUGCAUGAGAGUGGGAAGCUGCUCUACUUUGAGGACAGCAUCACACUGAAGGAGUAUGUUUUCCACAAUCUUCCACGUUUUAUUGCAAUUCUUAAUGUCUUCUUUCAGAGGGACAAGUUCACUCUAUUGGACCGGCUGCUGUCUGAAGGGGAGAGGGGUGACAAGGGGAGAGUGAGUCUAGUUAUUGAGGAUGAGAAGGGAGAGAACCUCAGGGUCACUCAUCUUCAGCAGCACCUGGAGGGCUUCCUCCAUGAUGGCCUCCUGCCCUCCAAUGUCAUCCGCCUGCUCCUCAGACCACACAUUGAGACACAGUGGGACCUCCACCUCAUUAUGGAGCUCCUGGAGAAGAUGGGUGUCUGCUACUGCAUCAACAAACCUCGUACCAAGCCCUUGAAUGGCGCCACAGUGUGGUACAAGUUUCCCAGCUAUGUCAGCAGCGAGGAGGCUCGGUUUGAAGACUCAGUGGAAGGAAACUCUCUGAAUCUUAGCCCCUUGUUCUCAGUGGAGCAGCUCUACAUCCAGUACAGCUUCCCUUUCCUGUUUCCUCCUGGACUUUUUGCACGCUUCAGUGUGCAGAUCAACAACCAUGUGGUCCAGCGGUCAGAUGGCAGGCAUCAGAUAUUUGCCUAUCGGGGGAAGGUCCCAGUGGUGAUCAGCCACCAGCCCGCUAAGGGGAAGCUGUUCAUGGAGACUUUGUCCAUCGCCAGCCACGCCUCACUGCCUAACAUCUGGACCGCCUGGCAGGCUGUCACUCCACUGGUGGAGGAGCUGAACAUGCUGCUGCAGGAAUGGCCUGGCCUGCACUAUAAUGUACAUAUUCUCUGUUCCAAGUGCCUCAAGAGAGGGUCGUCCAACCCGCAUGCCUUCCCGGGUGAGCUGCUGAGCCAGCCGCGGCCUGACGGUCUGACUGAGAUCAUCUGUCCAAAGAACGGCUCGGAGCGAGUCGACGUGGCCCUGGUUUACCCCCCCACUCCCACAGCUACGAGCCCCAAGUGACUCCACUGCCCCCCCUCGCCCCCCCACCGCAACCCUCACACCCAUCUACACAAAAACAUGGCUGCCCUGGCUCGUCAUGCCGUGUCUCCAGACACCACGUCCCCAACCGCUCCUGCUGUCCUCUUCCAUCAUCAUCACCGCUUCUUCUGCCAACACUGGAGCUCACAUCAACGUUUAGGUUUGUGGCUCUGCCUGUUGGCGUCAGCCUGGUGCAGACGGAGGAGGGUCUCAGCAUUCUGUAGCAUCAACCACAAACGCUGUUUCAGAAGUUUGUCCCUGGAUUCUGAGAUGAAACAGUGAAUCGGAAUCGCAGUCUCAAACUCAUGGUGCAUUUAUUUGGUCAUUUAUCAACAGAAACUUGUGAAGCAGAGACUGUUCUCUUCCCCCUGAGGAGAACCUGCUGAGCGGUGGGAGCCAGGUGAAGAAGGCUCCCAUCCUGAAGCUGCAGACCUGCAGGGCAGCGUGGAGGAGAGCAGGAGCAGGGUGUCUUUACUCUCACAUGCAGCUAUUCAGUGCAGACCACAAGUCACAGUCAUUCAUCAUAGACAUCUCAGUCAGGUCCUAACUAAAUGUAACUGCAGAAGACAGGCCAGCAGGUGGAGCCAAAGACGCAGGAGGAUCAUUUAAAUAUCAGAGAAGCAGCCUGAAGGUUGAGCUGGUCUGGACGUUCCAAUCACUUCAUGUCAUUUCUCACCCAAAUCAAAGCUGUUUCUGGGCGGGGCUAUCUGGAAAACUACAUUUUAUUUUACCAUCAGACGAUCCGUGAAGCUGAGGACUAGACAGCAGCAGAGCCACCAUGGGUUCUGAAGCCUUUCAGAAAGUUUAGGGAUUACAGUGAAACAUUUCCAGACUUUUCCCCCAAAUUCAAUUUUCUAAAAGAUAGCUUAAAAUAUCUGCUGGAAAUGUAUUGUAAACAGCUUUGCUGAGAUAUCAGAGAAUGAAAAAUUAUGUGAUUUUGAAAAUGAAACAUUUGUAGCAACCCUGUGCAUAAUGUACAGGUAACGACAGAAAUAAGUUUCCCCUCCCAGGACAGUGAAUGCAUCAGGGUUUAAGGGUGACUACAGAUAUGUCUUAUGUAAUAGUACAAUGAAGGUUUCCGGUCCUCAGGCUUGUUGUUGACCUGAGGACAGAAAGGCUGGCCACUAGAUGGCGCCACAAAAAGAACAACAAUACAAAGGUUUUGCAAAGGUGCCUCGUUGUAAUUCAACUGAAACUGCUGAAACUGCUCCCACAGAACUUUGCAAGAACCUUUCCUGUUUGUUACUUUCAUGUUUUCUCUCCACAUGCAGUUACUUUUAAUGUUCCAGAAUUUCCUACAUCUAGAUCUGAUGGACAUCUUUUAGAAGACAGUCUAGCUGUGGGACUGGAUCCACAUCAUUCACUCAUAACAUUCCUCUCAAAAUCCAGAUUUCUCAAACACUGACUACUAAAGAAAGCUUGAUUGUUAUUAUAAGUGAACUCAGACAUUUACAAUUGUGUGUGUCCAUAAAUUAGAACAUUAUUGAAAAGUUCAUUCAUUACAGCAAUUAAUUCACACAGAAAUGUGAGCUUUAAGCAAAAAUAUUUUUAGUACCUGUUUAAAGGUUGUUUAAUGUUACAAAUGAGCCUCAUUAGAACAUCAGAAGACAUUCUAUGUUCUGAUGAGGUGCUGGGAUGUAGAUCCUUGCUGCUGCCCAACGGGAUCCAUCAGAGCUGUGGAAAUGUGACAUGAAGUGACAUGAAGUGCAGAAUGGAACAGACCGAAUGUGAAACAAAAGAAAAAAACAAUCUACCAUUCAGAAGCUGAAGAACGUUUCAACACUAAGCAGAAAGUUUCUUGGACACCGCUCAUCAUGGCCUUGUGGUCUUGCACUUCAUCAGACCCUGAAUGACGGCUAGUGAUCCACUAAUCUCCUCUUUCUUACACGCCUUUCAACAGGCCACAUGUUAGCAGAGCAGAGUGUUCACAUUUUUCUCUCCACUGCCACCUCUGGCUGAACAACUGAACCGUUCAGAACAGUGACUGCUUUGAAAGGGUGAGAUCUGGUUGUUCCCACUCUAAAGAGCUUUUCUGCAGGAUUAAACUAAAGACUGUUUUCUUUCAUGUAAAUAAUAUCUUUAUUUUUCUACUUAGACACAACGUGUCAAGCUGUGGCAUAUUUACAGUGCAAUGCUGUGCAUGACUCGAGGGACAUGCACAAAAGGUUUUAUAUGUAGCUGGUUUCAAUAUGAAUACCAAAUAAAUUGAUAUCUGGCUUUAA